UGACAGUUGUUGAUACGGUUCGUUUGGUUUGGGCCCGGCCGAGUUGAGCUACUUGCAAAGUAGGCGCUUAAUAUUUAUUUAACUUUAGUACAUAUUUUCAAAUUCGGAAUAAUAAUAACUGAAAAUGGCAUCUGUAAAGAGGAUAGACAUCACCAAGCCGCUCUGGGAUCAGAGCACCUUUGUGGGCAGGUUCAAGCAUUUUGCUUUCAUCUCCAAUCCUCUACUGUCCUUGGUGCCGGAGUCAGAACUGCAUGAAGCUAAGGAGCUGUAUUUUAAGUACAAAGAAGGCAAAGCACCUGCCGACACUCCGAUGGACAAAGUGGUCCGAGCCAAACAGCUAUACGAAUCAGCAUUUCAUCCAGAUAGCGGAGAGCUGCAGAAUGUGUUUGGACGUAUGUCCUUCCAAAUGCCCGGAGGCUGCCUGGUCACAGGAGCUAUGUUGCAGUGGUACAGAACAGGCACAGCCAUAGUAUUCUGGCAAUGGGUAAACCAGUCGUUCAACGCCCUAGUCAACUACACCAACCGCAAUGCCAACUCGCCGCUCACAACAACGCAGAUGGGCGUUGCCUAUGUUUCCGCCACGUCCGCCGCAAUGGCAACGGCGCUGACUUUCAAGUUCGUCGUUCAGAAGCGCGCUAAGAAUCCUAUCUUAGCGAGGUUCGUGCCUUUUGUAGCCGUAGCGGCCGCCAACUGGGUGAACAUUCCGUUGAUGAGGCAAAACGAGAUUUUAAAAGGUCUGGAGGUCUCGGAUGAGAACGGCAAAAUUAUCGGCAAGUCUCAACUAGCCCCGGCAAAGGGGAUCUCACAAGUGGUUACUUCUAGGAUCGUAAUGUGCGCCCCCGGCAUGCUGUUACUCCCGGUAAUAAUGGAGAGGAUCGAACACAAGCCGUGGAUGCAGCGCAUCCGCUGGGCACACGUCGGCAUCCAGACCGCCAUCGUGGGCAUGUUCCUAACUUUCAUGGUACCGACUGCCUGCGCUCUCUUCCCACAAAGAUGUAAAAUCUCAACGGACACCAUAAAACGCUUCGAACCCGAGAACUACGAGGAAAUUGUGAAGAAUACGGACGGCAAACCUCCCCAAUACGUAUACUUCAACAAGGGCCUGUAAGCCGUAGCUGUAAGUAGUUGUUAUUAUGUAAAAUACAGUUGGAAUCUUGUCUAUGGACACAAUA